AUGACUGGAGUAACUCUCGCACCGGUCCCAGCUGGUGACGAAUACUAUGACCUCGGUUCGUUUGGCCACUCCAUCACCACCACUAGUGUCGACGCCCAGAUUUGGUUCAACCGUGGUCUGACAUGGAUAUAUUCUUUCAACCACGUGGAAGGUGCCUACUGCUUUGAGCAGGCUAUUGCCAAUGAUCCUGCGUGCGCCAUGGCCUAUUGGGGCUUGGCUUAUGCGGUUGGCCCGAACUACAACAAGCCGUGGGAGAAGUUCGACAACGGGGAUCUUCACACAUGUGUACAACGAGGAUACGAUGCCUCACGACAAGCAAAGAAAUACGCUGAAAAUGCAACUCCACUUGAAAGAGCUCUGAUCGACGCGAUGCAAUUCAGAUUCCCGUCCAACCAGCCUGCGACAGACUACCCCGCUCUGAACAAGAGCUACGCCACAGCGAUGAAACCAGUCUAUGAUGAAUUCGGAAGUGACUUGGAUGUUGCCACCAUUUAUGCCGAUGCCUUGAUGAAUAUGACCCCCUGGGCUCUAUGGGAUCUGUUCACCGGCAAGAUGAACCCGAAGGCACCUACUAUGGAGGUGAAAGCAGUGCUAGAAAGGGCGCUUGCACAGGAAGAGGAUGGUGCAAACCUCAAUCCCGGGCUUCUUCACUUAUACAUUCAUUUCAUCGAAAUGUCACCCACUCCCGAGCUGGGUAUCACUGCUGCGGAUCAUCUACGUGACCUCGUUCCCGACGCCGGUCACAUCCACCACAUGCCCACCCAUUUGGAUAUUCUCAUAGGCGAUUGGCGGCGCUCCAUCGCUUCAAACCACAAAUCAACGCUCGCCGAUGAUAAGUACUUCCAGAAGUCAGGUGCCAACAACUUCUAUACUUUCUAUCGGCUGCACGACUACCACUCCUUGAUCUACGCAGCAAUGUUUGCCGGAAAAUCCAAGGUCGCCCUUGACGCAGUCACUCGCAUGGAAUCAACCGUGCCAGAAGAAGUCCUUCGAAUCCAGUCCCCACCUAUGGCCGACUGGCUAGAGCAGUUCAUGUCCAUUCGCAUCCAUGUGAUGGUACGCUUCGGCAUGUGGGAGGAGCUGAAGGUCAAAGAGCUACCCCGUGACCAAUCGCUAUAUGCAGGCACCACUGCUACGACCCACUACGCCAGAGGCAUUGCAUUCGCCGCCACAGGGGACGAGCUCUUCCAUCAAGCGUGGGAUCGAGUUCCCGACACUCGUCUUGCAUACAAUGGCAAACUUGUUGACGUGCUCAAAGUGGCCGGAGCAAUGUUAGAAGGAGAAAUUGAAUACCGUUGCGCCAACUACGAUAAGGCCUUCGAGGCUCUCCGCCGUUCAAUUGACCAUGAAAGCAAAUUGCCAUACAGCGAACCCUGGUCAUGGAUGCAGCCUGUUCGCCAUGCGUAUGCAGCACUGUUGAUGGAGCAGGGCCAUUUGGAAGAAGCAGCAAAGGCAUAUCGCGCAGACUUGGGUAUGGAUACCUCGAUUAUCCGGCCGCUUCGUCAUCCGAACAAUGUCUGGGCGCUGAAGGGAUAUCAUGAGUGUCUCGUUCGUUUGGGAAAAAUGGACGAAGCAGCUGUCAUCGAGCAACCGGCUAAACUAGCUCUUGCCGUAGCCGAUGUCCCGAUCAAGGCAUCAUGCUUCUGCCGCUUGGAUAAUUCUCAGUCACCGCAGCUUCUUGAUCAAAAUUCUAAGGGAGAAUGUUGCUAA